GAGGGACCAUGUAUUCCCAAAAUUUAAAUAACGGUGGCCCACAAGAAUAGAACGGCUCGAGUACCGCUAACGAAAGCUCCGCGAAAGUUCAAAAGCUCCGCAUACUUGACAAAUCAAUAGGAUAGAAAAGUUUGUGGCAGUCUUACUCAACGCGUACACAACAGGACAUCGGUGCAACAUCGUAGGGCCGUACACUUUCAGUUAUUAAGUUAAUUUUCUAACAAGGAUACCUCUUACAAAGAGGUGGUCAAGGAACACACUCACCCCGUCAACGGACAGAGAAAGGAAGUAACCUUUGCAAAAUGCGAGGACUCGUCGAGGAUACGAAGAAGACAAGGCUGUCGACUGCAAAUAACAACAAUAUUAGCAGCAGCAGCAGCAGCACGAGUGGUGGCAGCAGUCGCCUCAAGUCGGGCAGUACAGUAACUGGUGGCAGUGCCAGUGGCUCAAAGCCAUUAAGGAGUGCAGCCAAGACGGCAACAAUGAAGACCACGACGUCAUCGUUGGCAGGAGGAACAGGAGCGUCAGCAGCCAAGAAGGAGCCUCAAACGUUGCAACAACAAGUUGGCAAGUCUGCAAAGUCCUCGUCAUCGGCAACAGCAACAACAACAACAUCAGCUACAACAACCAGGGCGGGAGCGGCUAAAUCGCAAAAGGGUCAGAAUCCACCCCCACAACAAGUGCAACCUCAAAACGCAAAGCAACAACAGCAACCGUCACAGUCGCAGUCGCAGUCACAUCAGCAACCCCAACAAUUGCAACAGCAACAACAACAACAACAGCAGCAACUUCUGACAAACAACAGCAACACUAUUGCGUUGCCGAAAGCCUCGCAUGCCAACACGAGCGAGGAACUGGCUGGUGGUGUCCAGGACACCAUUUACCUCUGCAAUUUCCGGGUAUCCGUCGACGGCGAGUGGCUAUGCCUCAAGGAGCUGCAGGACAUUGAUGUUGCUGGUGGGACUGGCGGCCAGCAGCCGGCACACACCGCAGACGUUGCGGGUAACUCUGGAAUCGGGGCUGGGAACUUCAGCACCAGCAGUUCCAACUCCAGCAAGCGUAACAGCAAACGCUUCUCGGGCCUGUCCACCGGGAGCAAUGGUGGCGGUGGCGGUGGCGGCGCCUUGGACAUCACGGACAAUGGUAUUAUGGCAAUUGAAAACCUUAUCGGCCGUCGACUGUGCGACAUGGUCCACAGCGGCGCCUCGGCACUCGCCUCCCAGUCGCAGCACCAGAGUGUCGGCCUCUUCGCCGAGUGGUCGCAUCUCUCUCGGGACACCGCGGAAAUCGAGCGCAGUAAUCUGGUCAAUAUAUGCAAGCUGGUGGUUAAGGAACUCUUGGAACAGUCGCUCCGAUAUGGUCGCAUGCUGGACUCCGACCACCUGCCGCUGCAGCACUUCUUCAUCGUCAUUGAGCACGUCCUGGGCCACGGCCUGCGCCCGAAGAAGGGUCUCCUUGGUCCGCGGAAGGAGUUGUGGGAUUUGCUGCAGAGCGUCGAGCACUAUUGUCCGGAGGCGCAGGACAUCACGGCCAGCGUUAGGGAUCUGCCCACCGUACGCACCCACAUAGGCAGAGCUCGGGCCUGGUUGAGGAUUGCCCUGAUGCAGAAGAAGCUAUCGGACUACCUGCAGGCUCUAAUCGAGCACCGGGAGGAUUCCCUGUACGAGUACUACGAGCCGCAUGCGCUCAUGAUGAGCGACGAGAUCGUUGUGAUAAUGGGCAUCCUGGUGGGCUUGAAUGUGAUCGAUUGCAAUCUCUGCGUUAAGGAGGAGGAUCUGGACUCGCAGCAGGGCGUUAUUGACUUCUCGUUGUACCUGCGCUCUAGUUCCCGGAACGCAGAUGCUCCGCCGGAGGACAGUGCUCCGCCAGCCCUACUGGAUGCCACUGGGCAGGGAAAUAUGAUCGCCGUGCUGGACCAGAAAAACUACAUUGAGGAGCUCAACAGGCACCUCAACGCCACUGUGGGCAACCUUCAGGCUAAAGUGGAGUCUCUAACCACCACAAACGCUCUGAUGAAGGAGGAUCUGGCCAUAGCUCGGAAUAGCUUACUGGCUCUUCAGGCAGAGAACCAGGCCAUGCGACAGUCCUCGCAAGGAGGCGACAACACCUCCACUGGGUCGGGUGGCUCCUCGGACAAAGAAAAGCUAAAGGAGAAGGAGAAGGCUUCCGAGGAGCUGGCCGAGGAGCGGCGCAAAAACAGCGAUCUGGAAAAGGAACUGAAGCUACAGGUGUCCCUCAAGGCGGAGUCGGACAUGGCCAUGAAGUUGCUGGAGAAGGACAUACACGAGAAGCAGGACACGAUAGUCUCCCUGCGCCGCCAACUGGACGACAUCAAGCAGAUUAAUCUUGAAAUGUAUCGCAAACUACAGGAAUGUGAAGAUGAACUCACACAAAAGGGCGAGAUGGUUUCGCGCCUCCAAACGAAAGCCUCACAAAUUGGUAACAUUUUACAAUCGCUAGAAAAGAAGUACGAAUCGAAGCUUGUCGAGCAGCAACAGCACCACCACCACCAUGGACCGGGAGCGGGAUCAGGAGCUGGAGCUGGGAGCGGAGCCGCUGGCGGAGAUCGCUCACCCAAUACGCGACGGCAGCAAAAUCUGGAGAAGUUCGAGGCGCUUACCAAGAAGCACAAACACGACUCUGGCCCACCCAUGAAGCGGCUUCACCUCAAGAUGGAUCCCUUUCCCCCCUUCGAUCCCAGCAAGUACAGGAAGUCCCCGCGGCAGCCGGAUGCCCCGAUACCCCAGGAUCCCCAAGAUGUCAAGGAGCCGAAGACGCCGACAUCCGGCAAAUCGCUGAACGAUGAGUUGGCCGAAGCGGCCUCGGCAGUGACCCAGCACUUCGGAGGCGAUGGCUCCAGAAGCGACUAUGUCUUGUGUCGGGAGCAGAAGUCCCCAGAGGAUACCUAAAUACUCGUAGUGUAGCAUAAGAUGAUUCUCUGUCGAACCGGCCAGAUGUGGAUUCUUCAAUUAACCAUCUGAUACUUUUUUUCUUCCCCGAAAAUAAACAGAGAUCCCUAUUUUAAAAGUUAAGUUUAAAGUUUGAACUAAAAGCAUUAUGAAAUUAAUUUAGUGCCUAAAUCGUCAAAAUUAUGCAUUUAUAUUUAAUGUUUACCGGAUGGAACUCUAAAACUUGUUUGUCAUAUUAAAUACAAUACUUUUUACGUGGAUAAUACUAAGUAUCAUAAUAAACACCUACUUACAUCUUAAUUUCAAACGAAAAAUGUAACCGAUCUCAAUUGCUCCUUCAGACCCUGACUCGCACUUAAAGUCCAUGUCAAGGUGCCUCAAGGAUAUGAAAACCUAUCACAAUUUUAACCCGAAACAUAGCCCUAUAGACCGUGUGUGUACGAUAUAGAAUGCCUUGACUUCAACUAGACCAGAUCCUCUAGAGAAUACCAAUAAAGAAAUUGUUAAAGGUUUUGAAAUAUUAUUGUACCCGACCUGUUAGCUGAAUUAUGUACCCAGAGAUCCAGAUUAUACUCAGAUUAUAUUCGAGAUUAUAUUGAAAACAAGGCGUAUGUAUGUAUAUAUGUAUAGUGCGAUUAAGAGGCUUCAGAUGUUUAUUAUACAUAUGUAUGUACGUAUGAAACCCCCACGCAACCGCUUAUAUUGUAAUUAUACACUCAGCCUAGUCAAAUACAAGUAUUGUAAUUAUAUAAAUAAAUAUUGAGACUAUAUGGAAUCUAUAGAUCUAUCUAUAAAUCUGUAACUAUACACGCGUUGAAGCAUCAGCCUGUAUUCUAAUACUCUACUCUAAAAUCGAUCCCAGAACAAAAAUAAAACUAAUCCCAACCCGCAGUUUUUCAUUUACCAUCCGACUAACAAUGACAUUUAAAUAAAGGAUCUUUUCAACGCUGGUACAUCCAUUAUUUUCUU